AUGGCACCCACAGACUUUCCCAGUCCUGUGUUGGAUCUGGAAUUAUCAAAAGAGCAGGAACGCGAAGUGAAGUUGACCUGGACGCCGGGAGAAGAUAACAACAGUCCUAUCUUGAAAUAUUACGUGCUGUUUGAGGAAAGUAUCUCUGAUCCAGGGCGGUGGCAUGUCCUGACCCACGUGCCCGGAAACCAGCCGUGGGCCAAGCUCAACCUCUCGCCGUACGGGAGAUACCGCUUCUCCGUGCAGGCGGCCAACUCCUUCGGGCGUGGCAACCAAAGCGAAAGCACGGAUCUUUACGAGACAAGCCCAGCAGCCCCUGACGUGAAUCCAUCUGAAGUAAAAGGAGAGGGAAAUGAGACUGACAACAUGAUCAUCACCUGGAAGCCUUUGCCUCCCAUGGACUGGAAUGCACCGGCGGUCACCUACAACGUGCAGUGGCGCCCUGUGGAUGAGCUGCGCUGGGACCAAGUUGAAAUUGCAGGCCCCCCAGUGGUGGUGACAGACACACCAACCUUCUCCCCCUACUGGAUCAGGGUGCGGGCCCGCAAUCUGUUUGGCCACGGACCCGAACCGGACCUCAUCAAGGGCUACUCAGGGGAAAAGGUGCCUGAGGCCACCCCAGAAAAUGUGGGAAUGGAAAUCAUCAAUACCACAACCAUCAACCUCUCCUGGAGUUUGCUUAAUGUUGAGAAAAUUUGGGGCCACCUCAAGGGGUUCAAGGCUUAUUACACCUGGCUAAAACCCAAGGGAGAGCAUACCUGUCCACAGCCACCUCCUCACCGCCACCAGGAACAACAGGGUCAUCUGAUUGAAGGGAAUGUGUCUCAGAUUCUAUUGGGGGUUUUCAUGCCGUGGACCCGGUACCAGAUUGAGAUGACUGUGCUUAAUGGGAAAGGUGAAGGGCCCUCCAGUGAAGCCAUGGAAUUUACCAUGCCGGAGGGAGUACCCAGCCCCCCGGAGAUUAUAAACAUGGAACUUCUCUCGAAUAUGACAGUCCAUUUGCAGUGGACGUGCCCCAAAUACCCCAAUGGAAGAAUACUGAAAUAUGGAUUGAAAUACCACCUAGCCAACGAGACGGAUGGGGAUCUCAUCAUAGACAUCCCGGAGAGCCAGCAUUCAUACGCCAUCAACGGCCUGUUGCCCAAUGCUGACUAUAUUUUCUACUUGUGGGCAGCAACAAAGGCAGGGCCCGGGGAGCCCUAUGUCUUUGAGGGGAGCACAGUGCCAGAAUCAGUGAUGCUGUCCUUUCAGAAUAUCACCACUUCUAAAGUGGGAGAGAACUUCACAGUCAUCACGUGGAAUCCGCAUCCAAAGCGACGAGAUAUAGAGUUUUCAGUCCAUAUUAUGGACAAGACCGACGGAGAACCGUGGCGUAACUUAGGGAAGGCCAGCUCCAAUACGGGCUUCUACAUUAUCCCGGACCUGCAGUCGGGCAAACAGUAUCGUAUCCAGUUUGUGAAAGAGCACCGUAAUGGGACCAACGAAACUUUCUGGGAGGAAGAGGUGGAAACGUACGGCAACGUCCACGCGAGUCAGAAGGGCUUUGCUACGGAAGGUUGGUUCAUCGGCUUUGUCAGUGCCGUCGUUCUCCUGACGCUGGUUCUGAUCCUUCUCUGCUUCAUCAAGCGCAGCAAGGGUGGCAAGUACUCGGUUAAAGACAAGGAAGACACGCAGGUGGACUCUGAGGCCAGACCUAUGAAGGAUGAGACUUUUGGGGAAUACAGAUCCUUGGAAAGUUCAUCCAUGCUUAGAAUUAGUGAUAACGAAGAGAAGCCCUUCUCAAGCAGCCAGCCCUCUCUGAACGGUGACAUCAAGGCCCUCGGGAGCGACGACAGUUUGGCGGAUUACGGCGGAAGCGUGGACGUCCAGUUCAACGAGGACGGCUCUUUCAUUGGCCAGUACAGCGGUCAAAAAGGCAAAGAAGGAGGCGGAAAUGACAGCUCGGGCGCUACCAGCCCCACCAACGUGGUUGCUGCCCUGGAGUAAGAGGGGGCGUUUCCCAAAGGAUGCCCCCCCCCCCAAUCCUGGGAGGAAGAAGAUUUCCCUCUGGAUUAUUUGGGGGAGCAACGAGGCAACCCCCCUCACCAAGGGAAACAAAACAAUUUCCUCAUUCGAACAUUAUCUCCCUGAAACGGAAAUGAUAAUUGGGGUGGAUUUACCCCUUUGUUUACUAACUAACCCCUGCCCCGAAAUUGGAGAGGGUUAGAAAAUCAGGGGACUCCCCACAUUAUCCACCCUACCCUGAACAAUCAUUCAUUUCAGCCCUCCCCACCCGAAAGCGAUGUCCUCAGCCAAAUUAUGUAUGUGUGUGGUGAGGAAGGAGGAGCAAACGGUAGGGGCGAGGGGGCGGGGUUAUGUAAAUGAAGGCAGAGGCAUCAAAGGGAGGGGCUCGGGGUUCCAUGUUGCCAAAAGAACUGAUGCUCCCUUCCCAAGGCCUGGAAAUGUUUAUUAUUUGUAAAUGUUGGAGGGGAGGGGGGGUGUUAGUGGGUGUGGCCAAUCCACGUCUUCACUCCAGGCGGGGUAGGGGACCCAGCAGGUGGUAGACUGGUAAGAGCCAGGAGAUGUGGGGCACUUUCCCUGCGUGGGGUGCGUGGAAGAGUCAUGAGCUGCAGUUCCGAAAGAAAUAAGGUUACCUGGGUUGGGAAGUCACUUGAUUAUUCCAUUCACCCGCCUCUUCUCGUGAAUUACACUGAUCGAGAUCUCUGCCAUCUCCAGCUGAGCCUCAACUCCACCCCCUCAGCCUGCCAACCUUUCUGCCUCCUGCCCUCUUUUUAUUGUUUUGCCUCUUUGUUCAAACCAGGCUUCACCUGAGAGGCAGCUUUCUUGGGACAGUGGUUUUCAAACUUUUUUUUUAUACAGUCAGGGAAUCGUUUCCACGUUAUCUUGUCUGCCGAGGAACUCCUGCAUAUCUGCCACGGAACUUGUACGUUUGCAGAGCAUUCUGGGACGUAUUCUAGAACUCAGGUCCUGUAGGGAGUGGGCCGUGCUGGCUUGCUGGGCCUCACAGCUGCCCUGGAGGAAUUGGGCAUGCUCUGGAACCCCCUCGACGGGGUUCCAUUGUAGGGGCAGAUGAGUAACCCGGAACACCAUUUGAAAACCACUGCCAGUACAACGUCCCUUUCUGGUGCUGAAUUUCCCACUUGGGAUUUCCUCCCUGCCAGGGGGAUACUGCGAGCCCUAACACUCCAUCCCUCUUGUCCUUUCGGGGUGCAGCAUUACUUCAUGCCUCUGUAUCAUACAAUGACCAAAAUUUAGGGUUCCUUUCACUGGGCCCAGCCUCCACCAUUUCACAAACACAUUCCUGUUUGCCCCGUUCCUCACCCUCCCCACGGGAAACUCCCCAACCUCAAGAGACUCCUCGCUUCUCGAAUGCAUCUCACGCAGCUGCCUUGCGACACAGUCUGUCUCAGUAGUGGCCUCUCGUUCAGCGAAUCGAACCCCCCCCCUCCCCCGCCCCGGUCUGGUGUAAUAUUUUAUCUCUCUUGCUUGUCGGGAACAAAAUAGAUCCUAGCUUUUUUGCAUUAAAAAAAAGUUUUGGGAAAAAAACAAUUAAAAAAAAUACUGACGUUUUGAGUACCCCUACACGAAAUAACCCCCCCCCCCUUCCUCCCUCGGUCUGUAAAUAUUUCAAACCUUUGUGCUCGAGUUUGUUUUAGAUGUCUUUAGGACUGGUGUUUUGAAGUCUUCUGGUUGGUCUAUUUAGGUGGCUUGGAUUUAAAAGAAAAUCAAGGGGGGGGGGGGAAACAUUUUCAAAGGUCCCCUUCCUCCCAAUCUGUGAUGCCAUCCCCCCAACCCCCCCGCAAGCCUUCCUGCCCUGUGUAUUCCCUUUUGUCAGGUCUGUUGCUAUCUAUCUUUCUCUCUCAAUGGCUUUUUUAAUAUAUAUAUAUAUGUAUAUAUAAACAGAAUUAUAAAAUGGUAAAUAAAUGCUGAAAUUGGA